AUGGCCGAAAACAAUUGCAAAUCAUUAAAUAAUAUACUAUCGACACUGACGAACAAUCUGUCUCAGGCACCAUCUCCGACAUAUUUUGAAACUCGUCGUGAUGAACUUCAUCAUGAACUAGCUAUGCAUUGGCCUUUUCAAACUGACGCACCCAAUUCUUCCUACGUAGCCCCUACAAUCUCCAAAUCUACUGCACAAUCAAGUAUUUACGAUGGUGCCACACCGAACGAGAAAGAUUCUAUACAUCGAACAGUAUCGUACUCACCCUCAGCUAACUUGCCAUCGACAAAUCCGACCGGAUUGAGUAGCAAGCAAAUCGAAAUGAAAACUUCUGUUAAGCCGAGCACAAGUGAAGAAUCGAUGAGUGAACGUGAUCAACAUAUAGGAUGGAAUUUGAAAGCACAGCAAGGAGUGAUUACUUAUCAGUUGCCUGAUAACCUCCCGGAUGGUGUUGCGUUACAUAACAAAUUACAGAAGUUGAUGAAGACAAAUACAAUCUAUUUGAACGAUCGAAAAUUUUGGACAGUUCUAGAAAAUCGGUUCAAACUUUUACAAAAGCAAAACUUUCAAGGGAAUAUGCAACGAUUACGACAAUUCCAACAAAAUUACGAACAAGAGUUAGUUUCUAAAGGUGUUAUACCAUCGACAACUGAACAAGUGAUUAAACAAUACGGUGAACAGCAGCAUGUACAAGUGACCACGAAUAACAUCGACGCUCAAAUCUUGCAGCGAAAAAAGUGCUCCAUCGAUUACUAUCGUUUGAAGAAACCAAUUGAAGAACUUGAACCUUUCGAAAGUGAUAACGUUCAUCCACGUUUUCAUGAAAUCUUCACAGAUCAUCAGUUUCAAAGCAAAUCUGGCAAGGAACAAGGAGAAAAAUUCGAAAACAAUCUGCAUAAAUCUCAACUGCGGGUAAAAACAAUCUUUCCCAAACUUAAUCAACGAGAUCUGAUCCGACAAGAACUAAACACCAUAAAAGUAUCCUAA